AGUUAUCGUCGCUGUGUGUGCUUCGUCCUCAAUAUUAUCUGGUCAUUUCAACCAACUACAUGGCAAAUUCCACCAAGGCGUUUGAAGAUCAAGCUCUCCUUGAUCAAUGGAACUCAGAGUUCGUGGACGUGCUGUGGUCCGAUACCCUUCUCCUGGUGAUGUACAUCUUGAUUGGCGUAGUGGGUAACUCACUCGUUAUUAUUGUGUACACUCUACGUUUCCGGGACAAAAGCGAAGAUCGAUUCUUUAUUCCAUACCUUGCUGUUAUUGACUUGAUAGCAUGUUUGGUGUGCUCAUCUUUCGGUAUUGCUGUAAACCAGUAUGCUGUAACGUUUACCAAUGACCCGGCGUGUAAGGCGUUCUGGGUAUGCAGUCUAUUUACGACAGGGUGUUCAAUAUUCAUACUGCUAGUUAUAGCGGUUCAUCGAUAUCAGAAAAUAUGUCGACCAUUUUCAGUACAGAUGUCACUCCGAAGAAAGAGGCUGAGCUUAGUAGGCUGCAUAUCUGUGUCACUUCUUGUGUCACUCCCAUCGCUGGCUUUCUAUGGGACAUCUCCUGUUAUACACCCAGAAUACAACAUCACAGGAACGCGUUGUGCUAACAUUCGUGGACCGUGGACGAAAGGUGUAGCUAUAUCCUACAAGGCUGUGAUACUGCUCAUGUGCCUGGGUGUACUGAUAAGUUUGAUAGUUCUUUACUGUUUGAUAGGAAAAGCCGUCUUUAAAAGGAUUACAUUGAAUAAAAACAGACAAAUCCAAACAUCAGUUCCAACCGCAAUGUCCUCAGCAACAUCUUCAGAUACUGUGACAGCCAUCGUGGAAUCUGUCUCCGAGGAUGGGCGAAAACUAGCUCCGAAGCCGAUGUCAAAUGCAAAUUCAAAGAAGAAAACCAUCCCGGGAUAUCGACUUUCCGUGAUGUUUAUGAUUAUCACCGCAGUUUUUGUUCUCUGCUACAUUCCUAAGAUGUCCAUGAUGGUGUUUGAGUCUAAAAAUGAGAUGUUCUGGUUCACUCUGGAUAUCUCCGGUUAUGGCGCAUAUCGAUUCUUAUAUACCAUGUAUAUAAUAAAUAGCAUCGUGAAUCCUGUCAUAUAUGGAUUCUUUGAUAAAAAAUUCAGAAAGGAACUCUUGUCACUCUCUUACUGUACAUAGUCAUAAUAGGUUUCAUCAAUUUGCAAUUUUAAUUUGUCUCGUUAUGGUAGCACACCACAGUAAGACAGUCUGGCCAUGGGCAAUUUUUUUGUUAAGCAAAUAAC